GCGGCGGAGGAUGGGGAGGGGCCAAGGGUAGCUUCCGCCUGGCGCAGUUUAGGGCUUUGGGCACGUGUGUUAGUUACAUCCUUGCGAUCCCUGGAUUACAUUUAUCCCCGGGGAAGCUGUAGGAUUGGGACUCAUCAUAUUUAAGGAUGAAAGCGAGAAGAAAUAAAAAACAGGUCCCAAGCUUUCGGAAGUUACUAAAAACUAGUAAAGUCAAACUUGAAAACAAGCUAAAAAAUAAGCAAUUUAAACAACAAAGCACUCUCAAGAAGUACCGGAAAGAACAGAGGAAACUAAGACAAGCUGUAAAAGAUGCUGUGUCUAAGAAACAGAUGCCACUGGAGGACCCAAAGAAAAUACGACCAGGUAAAAGGAUUGAGAGGGAAGAGGAAGAAGAAGAGGAAGCCCUUCCUUUGGAUAUGAUGGAUGCAGAUGACUUGCAGUUAAUGAGAGACUUAGGACAAAGAGCAUCUUUUCUAACGAGAGAUCUUUCUUCUAGUGAACCUGUUCACGUCAAGAAACGAAAGCAUGAGCGUGUUAUAGAUAAAUAUGAAAAAAUACCAAGAACUCUGCAAACUGCACCAGAAAAGGAACUGAUUCACUUACUUCCUAUCAAGGAUAAAAGUGGUAUAAUCCCGCAGACCAGGGAGAAGCCAGUUAUAGACAGUAAGCAAGAUGAAGAGGAAGAAGAAGAGCUGGAACUUGAGGAAGAAAUCGUUGAAGAUCCCAUUCGAGAACUGACAUUAGAAGAACAUUUGAUUGAGAGAAGGAAGAAACUACAGGAGAAGAAAAUGCAUAUUGCAGCCUUGGCAUCUGCCAUAUUAUCAGACCCAGAAAGUAAUAUUAAAAAAUUGAAAGAACUACGUUCCAUGCUGAUGGAACAGGAUCCUGAUGUGGCUGUUACUGUUCGAAAGCUGGUGGUAAUUUCCCUGUUGGAGUUAUUUAAAGACAUUACUCCUUCAUAUAAAAUACGACCCCUCACAGAGGCAGAAAAAUCUACCAAGAUCCGCAAAGAAACCCAGAAGUUAAGAGAAUUUGAAGAAGGCCUGGUUAGCCAAUAUAAAUUUUAUUUGGAAAAUCUGGAGCAAAUGGUUAAAGACUGGAAGCAAAGGAAACUGAAGAAAAGUAAUGUAGUUUCCUUAAAGGCCUACAAAGGACUGGCAGAAGUGGCUGUGAGGAGCCUGUGUGAGCUGUUGGUGGCACUACCUCAUUUCAACUUUCACAACAACAUUAUUGUGUUGAUUGUCCCUCUCAUGAAUGACGUGUCAAAAUCGGUAUCUGAAAUGUGUUGUGAGGCAGUGAAGAAACUGUUUAAGCAAGAUAAAUUAGGCCAAGCUUCCCUUGGUGUGAUUAAAGUGAUUUCUGGUUUUGUGAAGGGCAGAAAUUACGAAGUUAGGCCAGAGAUGUUAAAGACAUUCUUGUGCUUAAGAAUCAAAGAAAUAGAAGUGAAAAAAGAUACAGAGGACAUUAAUAAACCAAAAAAGUUCAUGACUUUCAAGGAAAAGAGAAAAACUCUAUCAAGAAUGCAGAGAAAGUGGAAGAAAGCAGAAGAGAAGUUGGAGCGAGAGCUUCUGGAGGCAGAAGCUUCAGAGAGCACUGAGAAAAAACUUAAAGUGCACACGGAGACUUUGAAUAUUGUGUUUGUGACCUACUUCAGAAUAUUGAAGAAGGCCCAGAGGUCACCUCUCCUGCCAGCAGUUCUAGAAGGCCUUGCCAAGUUUGCUCACCUUAUAAAUGUGGAGUUUUUUGAUGAUUUAUUAGUAGUACUGCAUAAUCUCAUCGAGUCUGGUGACCUGAGCUAUCAAGAAAGUCUUCACUGCGUCCAGACCGCUUUUCAUAUUCUUUCUGGGCAAGGUGAUGUUCUGAAUAUUGAUCCGAUGAAGUUCUAUACACAUCUGUAUAAAACACUGUUCAAGUUACAUGCAGGUGCUACCAAUGAAGGUGUCGAGAUUCUCCUCCAGUGCCUUGAUGUGAUGCUAACUAAGCGCAGAAAGCAGGUUUCUCAGCAGAGAGCCCUUGCUUUCAUCAAGCGUCUUUGUACCCUUGCUCUUCACGUUCUUCCAAAUUCAAGCAUUGGCAUUUUAGCAACUAACAGAAUAUUAAUGCAUACUUUCCCAAAAACAGAUCUGUUGCUUGACAACGAGUCUCAGGGAAGUGGGGUUUUCCUUCCUGAGCUGGAUGAACCCGAGUAUUGCAAUGCUCAGAACACCGCACUUUGGGAAUUGCACGCACUACGGAGACACUACCAUCCUACCGUGCAGAGCUUUGCGGCUCACCUGAUUGCCGGAGCCCCGUCCGAAGGCUCGCAAGCGCUCAAACCGGAGUUGAGCCGGAGAUCAGCUGCAGAACUUUUUCAGACAUACAGCAUGGGUGCAAUGACAUUCAAUCCUCCUGUUCAGUCUUCAAGUUCCAAAAAGAAGAGUGAAGUUUUACAAGGGGAUUUGUUUUUGAAUGAAGAUUUAAAUCAACUAAUCAAAAGACAUUGCGGUGAAGUAACUACUCACUUGCCUCUGGAUUUUGCUAAAUAUUUGAAAACAUCACUGCGGUAGUAGAAGGAGUCACUGGACUUUCUCUUAUAUUUGUGUUUGAUUCGAUGGACAUAGAGACCUACCGUUACUUUGGGACAUUCUCUUUUUAUACAAGGGAAGCUUCCUAAGAAGAUUAGCAGAGGAGGAAGAAUUACCCUUUCUUUGCUUGGCACAGAGUUCUGUCCCAAUUCUGAAAUUGUCAUUAAGAAAGGAGAAUUGAAAACUAUCUACCUGCACAUUUGGAAGUUUUUUAAUGACAUUGCCUUUUUUUUUGACAUUGCCUUUUUAAAACUUAAUAUAUAUCUUGGGGCACCUGGGUGACUCAGUUGGUUGAGUGUGCGCAAACAUUGGGCUCCGUGCUAGGUAUGGGGCCUGCUUAAGACUUUUUCUCCCUCUGUCCCAACCCUCAGCUUGUGCCCACACGUGCUCUCUCUCUCUCCCCCCAUCCCCGCCAUCUCUUUCUCUCUCCCUUUCUAAAAAAAACCCCCCCAAAACAAAAAAUGUAAUCUUAAGUUAUAGUUAUAGUUUCAAAAAAAUCUUUGGAGUGAACUUAAUUGGAUUAUAGUUGCUGGAUUAAAAUGAGGGCAUAGAGCGCAGAAAAAUCAAGACCAUGAGAUUGCUUUUUAUCAUUCAACUACUCUUUACCAAAACUCUUUCAAAUGAAAUAAAUGUAUUUUUAUUGUAACACCAAAGAUGAAAAUGAAAAAAAACUCUGUAUUUGAGUAUAUUUUCAGGAAGAGUUUUUUUAAGUAUUUUUUUUUUUAAGAUUUUAUUUAUUUAUUUGACAGAGAUCACAAGUAGACAGGCAGGCAGAGAGAGAGAGAGAGAGGGAAGCAGGCUCCCUGCUGAGCAGAGAGCCUUAUGCAGGACCCUGAGAGCAUGAUCUGAGCCGAAGGCAGCGGCUUAACCCACUGAGCCACCGAGGUGCCCUUCAGGAAGAUUUUUAAGAAAAGAAAAAUUAGCUUGAAAUUAGAUACCAGGUUCAUUGGCUCUGGCUGAAUGAUACACUUUAAUUAGUAACCUGAUGUGAUCUUUGUAAAAGAGAACGAGGGUGUUCAUUAUGGCUACUUUCAAAAAAAGGUUGAAUGUGAUUGUAGUCUCUUCACGGUGCUUCUCAUUUUCCGCUGUGUUCUGGAGCGUCAUGGGGGAAGAACUGCUCCUGGAUGGAAAAACCAAGUUGAAGACUUGACUCUGUUUAAGGAUAAAUGGUGCCUGUUUAAGGGCUUUUCUUCGUUUACUUCUCUUUCUCCUGCUCCUCCUUCUCCUCCUCUUUUUCCUUUGUCAUCAUUGUCUUUGUACAGUUACGGUCCUGUUCUUAUGAAUAUAAUUAAAAAACAGUAUUUUACCUAAGCUACUGCCAUAUUCGAGGAACGGUCUGUGAAAUAAGUUUUUGUAACAACCAGUUAUAAAUAUUCUCUGUGAUUAAUUGAAUAAAACAGCUGGUUUUUUUU